GAGUUUGUUGUUAAAUAGCAGUUUCUUAUUACGGUUUUCAUGAUAAAAACUGAGUUGAAAUGACCGAUAAUCAGCCCCACUGCUGCGUAUCACACGAGUUUCUGAGAGCAGCAAAAGAAAACCCCAAUAAAAUUGCUGUGAUUCACGCAUCUUCUUCCGGGAAAAAAUUGAUAAAAACCAAACAUCAUCCUUACGAAGGAGACCCUUUUUUCACUUUUGGUCAGUUGUUGGCGUCGAUUGAUUCCUUGAGCUCUCGCCUUCGUCGCAUUCUUGAUGGUAAUAAUUUAGAGGCUGAGUUGAUGAAGAAUGAUAUGCUGUAUACGCCAAAAAUUAUUGGGUUAUAUAUGACACCAUCGGUGGAGUACAUAAUUUCUGUUCUUUCGAUUUUGAGAAUUGGGGAGGCUUUUUUGCCUCUGGAUCAUUCAUGGCCACGACAUAGAAUAAUGUCAAUUAUUUCCUCUUCCAAUGUUCGUCUUGUUAUUGCAUGUGGGUCUUCGUUUGGUGAGCUGCUUCAUGAAUCACAUUGGCUUGUAAAAUGUGGGAUUUGUCCUGUGUUGUGUUUUUCCAUGGAACAGAGUGUUUCAGAGACAAUUGGGCCAUCGGAAUUAAAUUAUGUUUGGCAUUGUCAAAGCCAGAGGCAGAGAUUGUUCUGUUAUUUGAUGUACACCUCAGGUUCCACGGGAACGCCUAAAGGCGUAUGUGGCACUGAGCAAGGUCUUUUAAACAGGUUUUUAUGGAUGCAAGAUUUGUAUCCCCUGAAUGGAGAGGAAGUUUUAUUGUUCAAGACGUCAAUUAGCUUUGUUGAUCACUUACAAGAAUUUCUUAGUGCUAUUCUUACCGCUUGUUCUCUUGUUAUACCUCCCACUAUGGAGCUCAAAACGAAUUUGUUUUCUAUCAUCCAUUAUUUACAGGCUUAUUCUAUUUGUAGGCUUACCACUGUUCCGUCACUGCUAAGGGCAAUACUUCCUUCUUUGCAAAUUCAACAUAACUUGAUUCUACAUUCAUUAAAAUUGUUAGUGCUCAGUGGUGAAGUUCUACCUUUAUCCUUGUGGAAUAUGCUUUCCAAGUUACUUCCGAAUCUCUCUAUCCUGAAUUUAUAUGGGAGUACAGAGGUAUCUGGAGACUGCACAUAUUUUGAUUGCAAGAAUUUGCCAACGAUUUUGGAGACAGAGACACUUACAAGUGUACCAAUUGGUAUCCCUAUUUCAAAUUGCAACGUAGUGCUUGUUGAAAGUGAUACUGAUACACCUAAUCAGGGAGAAAUAUAUGUUGGUGGUCUCUGCGUUUCUAGCGGAUACUUGUCUGAAUCAACUUCUAUGUCUUCAGAGUUUGUCAAGCUACAUAAGAAAUCGAUUUGUAACUAUUCUGUCAACUAUGGAAGCCCACUGUACUUCAGAACUGGUGAUUUUGCUAAAAGACUUCAAAGUGGUGACCUGGUUUUCUUGGGUAGAAAAGAUCGUACUGUAAAGGUUAAUGGGCAACGUAUGGCUUUAGAGGAGAUUGAAUAUACACUAAGGGAACAUCCAGACGUAGUUGAUGCUGCUGUGAUAUCUCACAAUGUUCAGGGGGAGCCUGCACUCCUUCAAGCAUUUAUAUUGUUACAAGAGAAGGAUAAAUCUGGGGAAAUAUGUAUAGAAUCUAUAAAAAGUUGGAUGAUCAACAGACUUCCUUUAGCAAUGAUUCCUAGCCGCUUCGUCAUUAUGGAGUCAUUGCCUAUGUCUUCUAAUGGAAAAGUUGAUUAUGCAUCGUUAGCGAGUAUAAAUGUCACUGGGUCUGCUCAUGAUAUCAUCAGUGAGACCAAGACUGAUGACCUUUUGAAAGUUAUCAAAAAGGCCUUUGCUGAUGCUUUGAUGAUCGAAGAGGUUUCCAACAGUGAUAAUUUUUUUAUUGUGGGUGGUGAUUCCGUUGCUGCAGCACAUGUUGCUCAUAGUUUAGGGAUAAAUAUGAGGAUGGUUUACACCUUUCCAACUCCAUCCAAGCUUCAUAUUGCUCUUCUUGAGAAAAGGGGGUCAUUUAAUGUAGAUGUUAGAGCAGAUGCUAAUUGCAAGGUGGAUCAAGAAGCUGAUGUGGGGAAUGCAUUUCAUUCAUUUUAUUACUCAAAUGAUGAUAUACUUACACGAGGGUUGUUGACGGCUUCAUAUAAUGAAGAUGUAAAAGUUAUACCCUUAAAACAUUUGAAAGUGGAUUCAAAUAAAGAUGUCACUCCAAAGUUUACUGGUCAAAAGGAUGGGUUUUCAUGGAAUGCGCCAUCACCACCCGUGCCAUGUUCAUUCAGUCGUUGCAACAAGGUUAUGUAUGACGAGAAGUAUAGGGGUAAUCAUACUUGUCAAGUAACCUGUUCAGUUGAAGUUCCAAGAGAGAGAAAAGUUUAUAUGCAAGAAUUGUGGAAAGUUCACUUGGAGUCUUGUGUUGAUGCAUCUCCAGUUGUUGUCCUUAAAGAUUCAGAUAUUUAUCUCUUUGUUGGGUCCCACUCACACAAAUUUCUUUGUAUUAAUGCUAAAAGUGGUUCUGUCCAAUGGGAAAUCAAACUAGAAGGUCGAGUUGAAUGUCCGGCAGCAAUUGUUGGUGACUUUUCUCAGGUUGUUGUUGGAUGCUACAAAGGAAAAAUAUAUUUUAUGGAUUUAUCAAACGGCCAUAUAUGUUGGACUUUCCAAACUUGUGGUGAGGUGAAGUGUCAGCCGGUUGUUGAUUUACCAAGACAAUUGAUCUGGUGUGGAUCACAUGACCGUAACCUAUAUGCUUUACACUAUAGAAACCAUUGCUGUGUUUAUAAGCUUCAAUGCGGUGGGAGUAUAUUUGGGUCUCCCGCAAUUGAUGAGGUCCAUGAGACACUUUAUGUUUCAUCUACCAGUGGUCGUGUGACUGCAAUAUCAGUGAAGGCUUCACCAUUUCAUACUUUGUGGCUGCAUGAGCUAGAAGUGCCAAUAUUUGCUUCUCUUACUAUCACCUCUCCAAAUAGAUACGUUAUUUGUUGCUUGGUGGAUGGGCAUAUUGUUGCAAUUGAUUCAACUGGAUCCGUUAUGUGGAGGUAUAGGACUGGUGGUCCGAUUUUUGGUGGGGCUUGCUCAAGUUUUGCCCUUCCUUCUCAGGUGCUGGUAUGUUGCAGAAAUGGAAGUAUAUACUCUUUUGAAUCGGAAAAGGGAGAUCUGCUUUGGGAAUUUAGUGUUAAAGAUCCAAUAACAGCAUCUGCUUAUGUUGAUGAGAACUUGCAGUUGACAUUUGAAUCCUCCCCUUUGGCUGGCAGGUUGGUUUGUGUAUGUUCCAGUUCUGGAGUUAUACAUAUCCUUUGUAUCAAUUUAGAUGCCAGAGGAAAGGAAAAUGAAUCUAGAGAGAUGGUGGAGGAAUUUGCAAUGCUGGAGCUACAGGGACAAAUUUUUUCUUCACCUGUGAUGAUUGGUGGCCGGGUUUUUGUUGGUUGCAGGGACGAUUAUGUGCACUGCAUUGCGCAUAAUCUAAACAAAAGGGUUUAUUCCAGCAAACAGAGUUAACUUUGGUCUGAAAGAUGCUCGAAACAGUUGCAGCCCUGGAUAAACUUGGUGGUAAAUUAGAAAUAUAAAUAAAUGCAGGAUACUCUUUAUGUUUCGGAUAGAAGAA